UAAACCCAAUUCCCGCACAGUAGCAAGCACCACGCUUCUACAAGACGAGGAUUACAACUUCAUCUUCACUCUUCCUUCAAAAUCAAAUCCCCCACAAGGUUCAAGGGUAUUAUGCAUGCUGGGUUCAUUCUCAUGCUGAAAUACUGUCUUUCUAGGUUCUGUGUUAAUUUUGAUUCUGUGGACAGAAAGCUUGUCAAACUGCCCCUUUAUUGGCGUUAACUAUGCUACCCACUGGAGCAAAAGACACUCAAUUACGUGAGAGCAACAGUCAGAAGGUCCACCCUCAACCCAUGGAAGAGGCCAUGAAUCAGAAUCCUGAAGCUAUAGAGACCCUAAUAUCUAAAGUUUUUACCAAUAUUUCUUCCCUGAAGUCAGCUUACAUCCAGCUGCAAACUGCCCAUACUCCCUAUGACCCUGAUAAAAUCCACACUGCUGAUAAACUUGUUAUUAGUGAGCUGAAAACUCUGUCUGAACUUAAGCAUUUUUAUAGGGAAAACAACCCAAAACCAGUGUGUGUUUCUCCCCAAGACUCACGUUUAGCUGCAGAAAUUCAAGAACAACAGAGCCUCCUGAAAACCUAUGAGGUCAUGGUGAAGAAAUUCCAGUCUGAAAUCCAGAACAAAGAUUCGGAGAUUCAUCAAUUGCAGCAGCAGAUUGAGGAGGCUAGCCAGAAGAGAGCCAAACUAGAAAAGAAUCUGAAGCUUAGAGGUUUGUCAACCAAGGAAUCAGAAGAUGAAAGUGGAUUUUUCCCUGUUGAUCUAACUCCAGAUCUCUUCAUCUCUUCAGUGGAAGCAGCUGCAAAAGCCAUUCAUGAUUUUUCUAAACCUUUGAUCAACAUGAUGAAAGCAGCUGGGUGGGACCUUGAUUCUGCUGCCAACUCAAUUGAACCUGAUGUUGUUUAUGCGAAGAGAGCUCAUAAGAAAUAUGCAUUUGAGUCUUACAUAUGCCAAAGAAUGUUCGGUGGCUUUGAGCAGGAAAGUUUCUCUGUCAAAUCAGACAGUAUUACAGUUACUAAAGAGAGCUUCUUCCACCAAUUUCUUGCUUUAAGGGAGAUGGAUCCCUUGGACAUGCUAGGGCAAAAUCCUGAUUCCAUUUUUGGGAAGUUUUGCAAGAGCAAAUACUUAGUAGUGGUUCAUCCAAAGAUGGAAGUGUCAUUCUUUGGAAAUUUAGAUCAGCGAAAUUAUGUGACGGGUGGAGGGCAUCCAAGGACUCCUUUUUACCAGGCUUUUCUGAAACUGGCCAAGUCAAUUUGGCUUUUACACAAGUUGGCCUAUUCUUUUGAGCCAAAUGUCAAGGUAUUUCAGGUUAAAGGAGGUAGUGAGUUCUCGGAUGUAUAUAUGGAAAGUGUGGUCAAGAACCUGAUAAUGGAUGACAAUGAUGAAAAGCCCAAAGUUGGGUUGAUGGUAAUGCCUGGUUUUUUGAUUGGAGGUAGUGUGAUUCAGAGUAAAGUGUAUCUCUCUGGUAUGAAGGUAGCUGAAUGAUUGCUGAAUAGAGGCAAGCGUUUCAGCAUGCGUUUCAGGGUAAAGUCUAUCUCUCUUGUCAUGCCUGGUCUUUGGUUUGAUUGUUGUCAUGUAAUCUUGUAAGAUAAGAUAAUGUUGUUGUUUGUAAUUUUAAAGAUCCCUUUUAGUGGUUGUAAGAUUUAAUGAGCCCUUUAUCCUUGUUUACAAUAAACUCCCCUGUUGUAUUAAGGAAAACAUCUUGCACUCUGAAUCUAGUGUUUGUUGAUCCAAA